CUCACUUCAAGCCGCCCAACACCACUACCACCACCACUCUACAUUUACUACAUCAGCAAUGGCCCGUACCAAGCAGACCGCUCGCAAGUCGACUGGUGGCAAGGCGCCCCGUAAGCAGCUCGCUGCCAAGUCCUCUGCUCGCAAGACCGCUGCUCCCGCUACUGGUGGUGUGAAGAAGCCUCAUCGUUUCCGGCCUGGUACGGUUGCUCUUCGUGAGAUCCGUCGGUACCAGAAGUCGACGGAGUUGCUUAUCCGCAAGCUUCCCUUCCAACGUCUUGUUCGUGAAAUCGCUCAGGACUUCAAGACCGACCUGCGUUUCCAGUCGUCGGCUGUCAUGGCACUUCAGGAGGCCGCUGAGGCAUACCUCGUCUCGCUGUUCGAGGACACGAACCUCGCCGCCAUCCACGCCAAGCGUGUUACCAUCCAGCCAAAAGAUCUUGCCCUUGCCCGCCGGCUGCGUGGCGAGCGUUCAUAAGCAUUUGCGCUUGCGCUGGACUUUACAUACUAGACUCUCGCUUUGCUUAUUCCUUUAGUUCUGUAUUUUAUUGUACUAUCCCUUAUUUGAUCUUUUGACAUACGCCAACUGCGUCCCAAUUAUCAUGAUUGCCAUUAAGUCAUCCGGUGUUCAUGGCUAUCUUAUAGGACGCAUAUAAGAGCCCGACAUGAAGGAGAUUUCAAUGUUCCGCUCCUGAUGUCGAUUUAUGGUGGC